UUUACGUGGAAACAGGAAAAUAAGAUUUUUAUAAUUUCGGUUAAACUGUUGAUAUUAUGUUUACCAUAUGUUGAUUCAUAUCGUGCCUGCAACUUGUAUUUUACUUUUCACCAUAUCGAUAUCUGGCUAUGAGGAGAGCACGAAAGACCAAUCGUCCACCCGAGCUAAUACUUUACUAGACGAUGCAGAUGACAUACAGAAGCAGCUUAACAAUGAAGCACAUGACAAAAUGAUGUAUGGAAAGCCGCAAGCUGUGUGGGUUUUGCACUUUCCGACGGAUUUGCCGAGCGGCCAAACCAGACCAUGGUCAAGAUAUGCACGAGAUUUCAAUGUAACACAAUUUCAGGAGAAUUUUCAGCAAAGCAAGACCACGAAAAAGAUGCAUAAAACAGUAUUAAAAGAAAGAAAAUGGAGUUACAAAGAUCAAUCAAAAUGGAAAAAAUACUAUCCAGCUUGCGGAGGCCAUUCUCAGUCGCCAGUCGACCUGCCACCCGUGGGACUAAUAAAUACCAAAGGAUGCAGAGAACUUUCUUUCCUCAAUUAUGAUGAUGUACCAAAAAAUAUGACGUUGAAGAAUGAUGGCAAACGGCUCGUUCUCUCCGGCGAGUGGGAAUGCAAUCGUCAACCCGUCGUAUACGGCGGCGCGGCUCACAGCCGCCGAUAUUUGUUCCACUCGGUAACCCUCCGUUGGCCCUCCGAGCAUCGGAUAGGGGGUCUGCAAUACCCCCUAGAGAGCCAAGUCAUCCAUAUAUCGGCUGAGCACAAAACGCUUGAGGACGCUAUCAAAGCCACGCCUCGGGACGCCCAAGCGAUACUUGGUAUCGUAAACUUUUACAAGUACAGUAACGACACUCAGCACGGCCUUGAAGAACUCCUCCUUGGGGCUAAAAACUCACCCAAUCAAGAGGUUGGCAUGCUACCAAAACCUCUAGCAUGUUUUAACCCACCAAUGAAGGAGUACGUUGCCUACCAGGGCUCCCUCACCAUGCCGCCAUGCUCUGAAAAUAUCUUAUGGCUGGUCAGAGCCAGGGCGUUGCCUGUUACUAGGAAAAUGGUGGAUAUUGUAUACGAUUUGAUUGCGGAACCAGGGCUGAGGGGGUCGUUUAUUCGGCAACCACAACCCCUAAAUGAUAGGAAAGUGUACUUCUUCAAAUAA